UUUCUCAGCUGACUGAUAAAUCAUUUGUCGAGUGUUUGUUAUUAAAUAAAUAAAAUAAAAUUAUCUAUUUAUUAAAUUAUUAUCACUUAGUUAAGUUUUUAAAUUAAAUUGUAAGUAAUUUUUGUAUAAAUAUGGAACCUGUUGAAAACUCUGACAGUCAGCAAGACCAAGAAAUAAACGUUGAUGAAUCUACUGUAAAUACUGAUGACCUGGUGACUGAAAAUGGGGACUCUGGAGCAAAUGGUACAAGUAGUUUAGUAAAUAGAGUCAAUUUAAUUGACGAGACAUCGCAUUCAACAAGUGAAACCAUCGGAAUUGAUCCGUCUGCAGACAAAGACAAUGAUAUGGAUGGAGAAAAAAAAUCAGACUCCAGCGAUGAUGGCGAUGAUUACGACUAUGAUAAGAUAGUAAAAAAAAGAGCAGCUUUAAGGCUGAGAACUUUAAUAGACAGUGAUUCUGAUGACGAUUCAAGUAAAAAAAAUUAUUCCGUAACUAUUGGGUCCAGUACCAAAGAAUUUAGUCCUCUGAAGUCUACUGGUAAAUCUCGACUGAGAAUAAAUAGCGACUCCAGUAACGAAUCUCCGAAAAAAAAUAACAAUAAUAGGGACGAUGGCAAUUCCAGUGAUAAUCUAGAAGCUAUAAAUAAAUCUAAGCGAUUGAAUGAUUUAGUUGACUCAGAUUCUGACGAAGAAAUUGUAAAUAAAUCUCUCGGUCGCAGUAAUCUGGGAUUCGAUAAUCAACAGGAGGAAGAAGAAGAGAGAGGAGGCGCGAAGAAGACCAAGAAGAAGGAGAAGAAGAGAACUGGGUCGAAGCGAUCUGCUAAAGAUGAAGCAAUGAGACAAAUUCAUAGCGAAACACAGAGAUUGCUACGGGAAGCCCCUGUAUCGUUGCCUUAUCACCGUCCUAAGCAGCGGACACUUGAAGAGUUUCUUAAUAGGAAAAAAAUAGCACCGGUUUUGCCGCAAGCAAUGACGACCUUCGCUAAAAUGAAGAUGUCUGCUGAAAUUGUCAGUCGUGCGCUAGAGGAGAAGGAACGCGAAGCUGAAAUAUUUUAUAAGUCUUCUGAUUCUGAAGAUGAUGCUGAUACUGAUGCUGGAACUAAUGCUACAUCUGCUGUAGCUGAAACUGGUCCUGGUGCUGAUGCUGGUCCUGGUACUGGUGCUGAAGUGUCAGCAGAUUCUCAAGUUUCAAAUGAAGAAAAAUCAUCUGGAAAUGAUAUAAUUAAAGAAGCAGUAAAACAAGUAACUAGACAACUAUUUAAUGACGAAUCUAGUGAUUCGUUUGAAUUAAAAUCUCAGUCUACUGAUUCAGCAGACGUCAAUCCAACUCCGGAAACUGAAAAAUUAUCUAAUGCCUCCAGUUGUGAAGUAGAUGCCAAUAAUAUUGUAGAGAAAGUUACUGAUGAUGAUCUAGAUAAGAAUACUGGUUUGCCUGUAGAAAGAAAUGAAUUUUCUAGCCUAGAGUCAAACGAUCCCGCAAUUUCGAGUGCUGUACAUACGAUAAGCAAUGCCAUUAGCACAAGUAGUACGGAGUUAGAGUCUGAUAUAAUUAUUUCGUCAGCUGAAAAUGAUAAAACCGAAGCGGAUAACAACAGCUACAAUGAUGAUUUAGAAAUGUCACAAACAAAGGAUUUAAAUUCAGUGCAAUCCGAUAAAAGUGAUGGUAAAGAGCUUGAUAAAUGCGAGGAUUUAACCGCGGGAUUAUUGAGCACUGAUGAAAACGUUAAAUCAAAUGGUGUGCAAUCAGUUUCGUUAAAUCCUUCGAGCUCUGAAUCAUCUAUCAGCAAGACAUCAAUUAUUUAUAAUACUGAUGAUGAAUUUAGCGGUGAUGGUAUGUCGCAGUCUGGGGGAAAUCCUGAUGUUGUUGGCUUACCACCUCCUGUAUUUGAUGAUAUGGAGACUAGUAAAAAUUCAUCUGCACUUACGAAUAACGUCAGUGCGGUGGAUAAGAAAAAAACGCUGAUGAGUGUGGCGGAGCUGAAGCCGAAAAUUCGCGGUAUCCCGGGCAUGGUGAUUGAUUUCACUCAGCAAGUGAAGCCGAAUAAAGAAGCGGUUGAUAGUUUGGUUGAUAGAUUUUUGUCCAGACACUCCGCUAGCAAACAUUCUGACGUCAAGAGUGAAGUUACGGUUCUACAGACGGAAGCCACGGCCACGGGGUUAAAAGUUACGAAAGAUACUUUGUCUUACAAGCACACGGCUGACAAUAUUGAUGAUCCGGAGUUGAGCAAACCGGGAGCGAAGUUGGUUCGGUUGAAGGAAGACUUGAAGAAGAAGAUGGCGAGCAAGAGGAAUGAGGAGUGGAAGCAGAAGGAACAGGAGUCUUUGGUAGAUGAAGAGGAAGAAGAAGAAGAGGAGGAAGGAGAUGGAGAGAAAGAUGCUGGGGAGAAAGAAGAAUUGAUGGAAGUUGAUGAGGAGGAGGAAGAACUUGAAGAAGAUGAUGUUCCGAUGAAAGACAAACGUAAAAGUUGUGCUUUUGGUGAUGAUGAAGCUGAAGUCAGUGAUGAAGAUGACAUUCCCUUGAGUGAUGAUGAAGAAGAGGAAGAAGAAGAAGAAGGUGAUGAUGAUGAAGAAGAAGAAAAUAAGAAAGAAGAAAAUACUCAGGGACGUAAAAGAUUUAGUAGAAUUGUUGCAGCUGAUGAAGAUUCAAAUUCUGAUACAGAAAAUCCUAAAACUGAAAAGAAUUUGAUCGAGCGAACUAAAACGGAUGUUGAUAUUUUUGAUGAUGAUGAUGAUGAUGAUGACAUAGAACUGCCAGCGGGUCAAACAAAUCCUAGUCCUGCUUACAAGAGUCCGCUAACUCCGUACUCACGUGGCACGCCGUUCAGUGUCUUUGGUAAUAAAUCAACGCAGGAAAUGUCAGAGUCUCCAGUGCGGUCGUUGCCAAGUCAACUCAGCUGGGACAUUGAUAGCACACCUGGGGCUAUAAACGAAUCGACGGGUAAAUUAUUUGAGGUGCAGAGUAAACCAGUGACUGAUGAAGAAUUGAUGAAUCUGUGCUCGGGUAAAUUUACUGAUGCGAAUAACAGCGCAGAGGCCGGUAAUCCGCGAUUGAGUGGUUUAAUUGAUUCCGGGAGGAAUGAAAAACCGAUAACUGAUUCGCAGAUUAUUAAUUUGUGCUCUGGCACAUUCGCAACGCCGGAUUAUGGAUCCCAGAGUGUGAUUAAUAAUAUUGAAGAGUCAUCACAGGACAUGUGUUUGAGGUUCGAUGAAAAUUCACAGACUGGCGUCGAAGAAGGAACGAAGAAAAAGCUCGAGGAAGUGGAAAAAGUUGAAAAGACUGAGUCUGCGUGGAAGUCAUUAAAAAUAGUCUCCUCGUCGUCGGAAAAUGAAGACCAGGAUGAGGUUGAUGGCGAGAAUAAAAAUAAGAAAAAAGUAUUGAAGAAAAGGAAAGUAAAUAAAUUAGUUUUGUCUGAUGACGAAGAUGAGGACGAUGACGAUAAUUUUAGUGAUGAAGAACAAGACGCUGGGGAUCAGAGUGAGGAGGAAAAAUUUAUUGAUUAUGAUUCGGAAGAGAAUGAGGUCGUCGUUGUACCGAAACGUGAGAUAAAAAAAGUUGCGGCUAAUUUCCUUGAAGCUGAAGCUGAGCUCAGCGAGAGCGAGUGGGGAUCCGAGGACGAGGAUGAGAAAGAUUUAGAUAAAUUGGAAUUGGAGGAAGGUGACGCUGAGGAUAUCGAUGAGGAUCAAAUGAGGGAUCAGUUGGGUAAAAUGCACGCCCGGCAGGUUCUUGAUGACGAUCAAAGAGACGUUAGGAUGCUGCAGGAAUUACUCUUCGAGGACGGCGAUUUGCAUACUGAUGGUGCCGGCAGGGAGCGGCGUUUCAAGUGGAAAAAUAUUGAUAAACUUGGCGAUGAUUUGUUGGGCGGACCGAGGAACGACGAAGACGAUGAUGAUAAUCCGGCUGAUCCCACCGAGUUGGCCAACGAAAUCGAGUGGCGGAAAAUGAGACUCGAGAGGGAGAAAUUUAUGGAAGAAAAAAUGAAAUCCGCUGAUGAUUUGUUGGAAAAUGAGCUGGGCACAGGCGGGCAGUUUUUCAAACUGGGUAUGAAGGUUCUGAAGAAAAAAAAGGCCUGCAUUGAGCAGCAGAGUGUGGAAAUUGUUGCCCAAAAACCGAUCAUUCCCCGCGCUGUCACCGAGUUAAUGGGAACGCCCGUUUCUGAAAAGUCUAAGCUUUUGCACAACGCUAUGAAACGUGGAUCGUUUUUAGCCCGCGGAGAUGAAGCUCUAGCGCGACUGGCUCAAGUAAUUAAACAAUCAGACAGUUCUCUAAACUCGAACCACUCGAAACAUUUUUUAUUCACGCAUUUAAGUCCUUCUGUUGAUGACACUAAAGACGACGCAACUGACGAGAAUGAGGAAAAUGCCAACACCGACGAUAAAAAGGCUCGGAAACGCAAGUCCGCUGCCGGUGACACGCCGAAGUCUGCGAAGAAGGCCAAGCUAGAAAAUCCUUACUCGAAAAAAAAGUUAUUUUAAAUAUGUACAUAUAAUUAUAAGCCACUGUUAUUUUAUACAAUAAUUAUUUAUACAAAGACUGUAAAUAUUUUUUUUAACGCUGAAUAUCUGA